GCAAAAUGCGGAUUUAUCUAUUAAUUAUAAUUUCGCUUUCUUGUGCAAAGGCAGAUUUGCCUCAAACAGACUUUCUUCUUGUUGCUGACAUACACGGCUUUAGUGUGAUCAAUCUCGUGAACGGCGACCUUGGUGACCAUGUCUUCCACAAUCUUUCCGGCGACGUCAGCAACAUCAUUGCAAUUGAUUUUGACGUUGUGAAAAAAAGAGUUUAUUUUUCCGAUGUAACCACCAAACGUAUUCUCAGCUCCACCAUAGACGGGGAAGACGUACGUGUUGAAAUAAUCAACAAUGAAAUAGCUACUGUUGAUGGCCUUGCAAUUGACAGCCACGCACAAUUGUUGUUUUAUACUGAUACUGGAAACGACAUCAUUAGAAAACUAAACAUGAUUGACUACGACGAUUAUGAAGAUGUCAUCUCAACAAAAAUGUCUGACCCUCGAACCAUUGUUUUGGAUAUAACGGAAAGGAUGAUUUACUGGACUGACUGGGGAGAGAUAACCAUUGAGAGAGCCACAUAUGAAGGAACAGAGAGGGAAAUCUUAUUAACCGAAUCACAUUUGUUUUUACCAAAUGGUCUGGCCAUAGACUUCCAAGAAAGACGUCUAUACUGGGUGGAUGCAGGAUAUAACCACAUAGUUUCCGCAAACUUAGAUGGAACGAAUGUAACAGAGGUUGCUUCGCUUCGUUAUAUGCAUACUUUUGGCAUGGCACUAUACAAGGAUAUGUACAUUAUAUCAGAUGUGGAUACUAGGACGGUGUUCCCAAUCUGGAAAAAUUUAUCAGUCGGAAACAUUCAGGCUGGGUUUGAAAGACCAUGUGAUAUUCACGUUUAUCAAGAAUGUCCACUUUUGCCCGCUCCAACGAAUGGAUCAGUCAAUUAUUCCAAUUCGAUUCAAUAUGGCUCAACGGCAUAUUUUAACUGCGACAACAACUUCUAUUUACUUGGAAAAAGGGUAUUGAUUUGCCAAACAGACGGUUCUUGGAGUGGCCCUUUACCAGAAUGCAAGAAAAUAGAUCUGCCCCAAACAGACUUUCUUCUUGUUGCUGACAUACAUGGCUUUGAUGUGAUCAAUCUCGUGAACGGCGACCUUGGUAAUCAUGUCUUCCACAACCUAUCCGACGACGUCAGCAACAUGAUUGCAAUUGAUUUCGACGUUGUGAAAAAAAGAGUUUACUUUUCCGAUGUAACCACCAAACGUAUUCUCAGCUCCACCAUAGACGGGGAAGACGUUCGUAUUGAAAUAAUCAACAAUGAAACAGCAACCGUGGAUGGCCUUGCAAUUGACAGCCACGCACGAUUGCUGUUCUAUACCGAUACCGGAAAUGAUAUCAUUAGAAAACUUAACAUGAAUGACUACGACGAUUAUGAAGAUGUCAUCUCAACAAAUAUGUCUGAGCCUCGUACCAUUGUGUUGGAUACAACGGAAAGGAUGAUUUACUGGACUGACUGGGGACUGAGAACCAUUGAGAGAGCCACAUACGAAGGAACAGAAAGGGAAACUUUAUUUACCGAAAAGCAUUUGUAUUUCCCAAAUGGCCUGGCAAUUGACUUCCAAGUUGGUCGUCUAUACUGGGUAGAUGCAGGAUAUGACUACAUAGGUUCAGCAAACUUAGAUGGAACGAAUGUAACAGGGGUUGCUACUCUUGGUAGUAUGCAUACUUUUGGCAUUGCACUAUACAAGGAUAUGUACAUAAUAUCAGAUUGGGAUACCAAGACGGUGAUCCCAAUCUGGAAGAAUUUAUCAGUCGGAAACACUCAAACUGGGUUUGAAAGACCAUGUGAUAUUCACGUUUAUCUUUGGGAAGAAUGUCCACUAUUGUCCGCUCCAACGAAUGGAUCAGUCAGUUAUUCAAAUUCAAAUCAAAUUGGCUCAACAGCAUAUUUUAACUGCGACAACAACUACUACUUACUUGGAAAUAGUGUAUCGAUUUGCCAAACAGACGGUUUUUGGAAUGGCUCUUUGCCAGAAUGCAAGAAAAUAGAUUGUCCACUAUUGCCCGCUCCAACGAAUGGAUCAGUCAGUUAUUCAAAUUCAAAUCAAUAUGGCUCAACGGCAUAUUUUAACUGCGACAACAACUACUACUUACUUGGAAAUAGUGUAUCGAUUUGCCAAACAGACGGUUCUUGGAAUGGCUCUUUGCCAGAAUGCAAGGAAAAGGUGGACCUUGGCUCUGCGUGUAAUAAAGACGAUGAGUGUCUUUCUUCUGGCGCAAAAUGCACAGGCGGUGUGUGUUUAUGUACAAAACUCUAUGACAGUGCAAUCGACAGAUGCGACACAAUGUACAUGUCUAAGUUUGGUGAAAUAGAAGGCGACACGAAACUGGAGAACAGAGAUGAUGUUUGCAGUAAUGCAGUUGAUUUUCCUCUAGGAAUACCUAUAUUUGGGGAUAUUUACAAGGAAGUAUAUGUAUGUUCUAACGGUUUAGUAAGUUUCGGGAGGAAGUACACAAGGCCAUCGGUUCACGCCUCAGAUGGAAUAAAAGGCCAGUCCUUACUUGCAACUUAUUACGGAGACAUCAAAGAAUUCACAAGGUCCGAUGCUGGGAUUUAUUAUAGAGCGUAUGAUAUACUUAAUGGCUCUUCAGACAUAGCAUCGGACACUGUCAAAGACAUAGAGCGUCUUGUUGAACGUGUAAAUGGACUGGAUCAAUUUUCUUUUCAAACGAGUUCAAUUCUUUUUGUUACUUGGUCGAAAGCACAACCUGGGCAACGAGUAUUUGAUCAAAACAAGGAAGCAAGUUUUCAACUAGUGUUGGUAUCAAGCGGGACUGAAACCUAUGCUUUAAACAUUUAUGGACAUUCUUUAAUGCAAUGGUCUGCCAAUGUGAAUCCAGACAUUUUUAUAGGAUACUCAUUUGGCAAUAGACUCCAAACAAAUAUUUUAUCUUUUACACGAUUGGCUCUUCGUAUUGACGAAUAUGCAUCGACAAACGGAAUCUCUGGAUUAGUUCUCCAAAAACUAUUUGAUGAUGAAAAACCAGUAGAGAAUCGAGCUGUUGAAUGCAUAAGAUGGUACCAAAAACAUGUGCAUCAUAAAGACAGAUUUUAUGAUUCGUUUUCGUCAAUGCCUCUUUGUCCCUGCGAUUUGGCGAGUUUAAAAAACGAUCCGUUUUUGAGUCCUAGCGAAACAAAACAAAAUGGUACUGUGUGUUAUGAUAUGUGGCAUAGGGAGGCGCAAGGAACAUAUGGCAAAAGUUGCUGUUACAAUGAAGAAACAACGUUGUUUAACGAAGAUAUGCCUACAGCUGGCGGUUUUAUGAUUUCGCACCCGCAAGUCUCAGUGCGCGAUAAUACAAAGAAUGAUAUCAAACCUAAGGAAUGGUGCUGUUCUAAGUCUGAUUUCUGUGACAAAUACUAUGAGCUUCAUCCAACGGGGAAAUGCAAAUUAUUACCGGUAUUUGAUCUUGGCAUUUGUUGGGGCGAUCCACACAUCAGAACGUUGGACAACUUUAAUUUCACAUUCAAUGGGCUGGGAGAGUUUACCCUUUUUCGCCUGAGGACAGAGAAUAUUACCUUCGAUAUGCAAGGGAGAACAGCACGACCGGUCAAAGCAGAUGGAAAACUUUCCUCAGCAACUGUUUUCACUGCAUUUGCUGCAUUCGAAAAGGAGACAAACGCAAGCGUUCAUGUCGAACUAAAUGAUGAAAGAGAUGAUAUUUCAAUUUAUGGCAACAAAGAAGACUUAUCUAAAAAGUUUAAACUGCAACCCAGCAACUUUACCUAUAAAGAUGGAAAUAUUAUCAUUCAAAAAGCGAACACAUCUGUAACUGUUCUUUUCUCGCGGAUUGGUAUAUUUAUGAAUAUCACAGUCGCUGCUAAAUUACUUUCAAUAAACGUAAUGGUUCCAAAAGUACUGAAAGGUAAGCCGCUCGGUUUGCUUGGAAAUUAUGACGAGGAUCCAUACAAUGACUUUGUUUAUCCAAACGGAACGGGUUUUCCAUUUAACGCAAGUGAACGAGAAAUAUUUUCGUAUUCCAGUCUAUGGGAAAUCGACGGGAGCUCUUCUGCAUUUGUGUACAGACUUGGAAAAAACCAUUCCGAUUUCCACAAUUCCAGCUAUAUUCCAUACUUUUUGGAUGAAUUUCAUAAUGAAACACUUAAAGCACAAGCUGUAAGUACAUGCGGUGGCCCUGAAAAUGUGCAAUGUGUAUAUGACUUUGUAUUUACGGAUGAAUUGAUCGCACAACAAACGUUAGCUGACGACAAGGAUCAACAGGAACAAAAAACAGAAAUUGAAAAAGUGACACCAGAACUGAACGGUUGUAGUGGACUAAUAUUUGUGAGUCUUGGUACACCUGCUACAUGUACGGUGGAGGUAAGCGAAGAUCCGUCAGUGUCAGUUCAAUUUAAAGAUAUUGCCGACUCUGUGUAUGCCUCAUUGCCGACGACUGGAAGAAUAAGAGACGUCGUUCUUACCAUAGAUGCACCUGACCCGUUUAAUUUGAGAAUUACAGCAACAAACGUCGAAACAAACAAAACGAAGGGUUUAACGGUCACGAUACUCCUAUGCACAAAAUGCCAUGGUCAUGGUGAAUGUAUUGAAGAAACGAGGGUCGACGAGAGAGCGACAAGCACAUUUAAGUACGCCCAAUGCAUUUGCGAUGAUCAGCACGAAGGUGCCGAUUGUGAGCAUGUUAAGGAUGGAUGCAGUGCUGAUCCUUGUCUACGAGGUCAGGAGUGUAUUCGUUUAAACGUUUCCGAGCAAAUAGCAUUAAACACGUCAUAUAUGUGUGGUGCAUGUCCCGAUGGAUUUAGCGAAGAGAAUGACAAAUGUGUUGAUAUUGACGAAUGCAGCGAGGGCAGCCCAUGUGAGGACCUGUGCAACAAUGUAGAAGGAAGUUUUGUUUGCAGUUGUAACAUUGGAUACCGCAUUGACGUAUCAAAUCUAACUGCUUGUACAGACAUUAACGAGUGUGACGAAGGUCUAGAUAACUGUCCACAGCAGUGCAUUAACACGGACGGUGGUUACAACUGCUCUUGUUUCCAGGGCUUUACGUACAACGAUACCACUGACCGUUGUAUUGCUGACGCUGUUCAAGAAUGUGAGAAGUUGGCUUGUCCGGACUCGUCUGUGUGUUAUUUAAACAAAGAUGGUAACCCAGAUUGUCUUUGUGAUAAAGGAUUUGAUUUCAAUAAUUCAUCACAUAGCUGCGAAGACAUAGACGAAUGUAAACAAGGGAUAUGUACCCAGAUUUGUCGCAAUUAUAAUGGCGGAUACAAUUGCUCGUGUCAUCCUGGAUAUUCACUUCUUGCUGACAGAACUUGUCAAGAAUGCGCAUACGGAACAUGGGGAAACAAUUGUUCGGAAAUGUGUCGUUGUUCGGGUGAAGGAACAUCCGAAUGUGACAGAGUGAAAGGGUGCAUUUGCAAUGAGGGUUACCAAGGUGAUGCCUGUUCAGAAGAUAUCGACGAGUGUAUUCUGAAUCCAACAAUUUGCAACGAUGCAAGAAAAAUAUGCUUUAACACGAUUGGCUCUUAUAGGUGCGAAUGUCCUGUCGGACUGAGGUUAACGAAUGGAAUAUGCGUAGACAUUGAUGAGUGUUCCAAUCCUUUGUAUAACGACUGUGAACAAACAUGUACCAAUACUUUCGGCGGUUUUACUUGUUCUUGUCCGACUGGGUUUACGCAACAAGGAAGAAAUUCGUGCCAAGAUAUAGAUGAAUGUACAAACGUGCAAGGUGACUGUGCUCAUAUCUGCGCUAACACGAAUGGUUUCUAUCAAUGCUUUUGCAAUUUCGGCUAUAAACUUUUGGACGAUCGGACCAACUGCGCAGAAAUUGAAAACCCAUGCAGGCAAAUCAGCCACCUUAAAUGCCAGCACUUCUGCGUCAUUGAUAGAAGCACGGAAGAAGCGAAGUGUCAGUGUAGAGCUGGGUAUGUGCUUGCAAAUGAUGGAGAGAGCUGCGACGAUAUUGAUGAAUGUUCUGACCCAACCGCAAACGACUGCAGUAAAUCUUCGGUCUGUUACAAUACCAAAGGAUCAUAUCAGUGUAAAUGUCCUGAGGGUAUGAAGCUAGAAAAUGACCUAAGAACAUGCUCAGCAUGCGAUGAAUACCAUUACGGAGCUAAUUGCGGAAACCAGUGUCAAUGUUUUCAUGGAAAUUGUGAUCCAGUUAAAGGAUGUAUAUGUGAGAACGGUUGGUUCGGAGAUGACUGUGACCUUGAUCUUAAUGAAUGCGAACGAUCUCUGCCUGUAUGUCCCGAUGGAAACAUUACAUGUGUAAAUACACCUGGAAGCUUUGAAUGCAGAUGUUCUCCUGGAUAUUCGAAUACAUCUGGUGUAUGCUUAGACAUUGACGAAUGUGCUGAUAGCGGUAAACCUGCAUGUGAACAGACGUGUCGAAAUACCCCAGGAAGCUACAUUUGUGAGUGCAGUGAGGGAUUUAAACCUGACAAUUCAGCAUGUGUUGAUGUGGACGAGUGUGCGGCUGUGUCACAAUGCGACCAUAACUGUAUAAACACCAUCGGUAGCUACAGGUGUACCUGCAAAUUUGGCUUCAAACUGGAUUUAUCGGACAGACGGAAAUGUUUGCCAUCACCUGAAUGUCACGAAUUCAAUAUCACCGAAUGUGAGAACUAUAACGCAACUUGUAUGAUGUUCGAGGGAGUUGCUAAGUGUUUAUGCAGAAAAGGUUUUGAGGAAGACAGAAACAAUAUUUGUAAAGAUAUUGACGAAUGUGGCAGAAACCCAUGUGACCAGGACUGCGAGAAUACACAUGGCUCUUUUACCUGCAUAUGCGAGGAAGGUUUCUUUCUUGAAAACGACGGUAUAAGUUGCUCAGAUUGCAAACCCGGUACGUAUGGACUGAAUUGUGCAGAACAAUGCAAAUGUAUUUCUGAAAACACGGAAUUGUGUGACAGAAUAAAUGGAACCUGUACAUGUAUGCGAGGUUGGAAGGGAGACCAAUGUUCGGUGGAUAUAAAUGAAUGUGAGGUGGUUUCGUGCCCCGUCAAUUCCUACUGCGUAAAUACGAAUGGUUCAUACACUUGUGAUUGUGACAGGGGGUUUGCAAAGGCCGGACAGACAUGCAAAGCUUGUGAAGGAUUUCAGUUUGGUGUGGAUUGCACGUCUGCGUGUGACAACUGUAAUAAAAGUAAUGCCAUAUCCUGUAACAAUGUUAAUGGUGCCUGCAUCUGUUCGGCGGGAUGGAUGGGUGAAAACUGUACAUCCGAUGUAAAUGAGUGUACAGAUGGCAGUACACUCUGCCUGGACAAACCAAAUGCGAUGUGUGUAAACAAGCCUGGAUCAUAUGUGUGCCAGUGUCCGACGGGGUAUUACGAAGUUGACGGUGUUUGUGAAGACAUUAACGAGUGCACGGUUUUAAAAGAUCACGGUUGUUUACACAUCUGCAUGAACACGGAAGGAUCGUAUUACUGUUCCUGUAAAGCAGGACAGUUCGGGGAUGGCAAUAACUGUACACCUUGCAACGAUUAUACGUAUGGUAUAAACUGCACAAAUGGCUGCCAAUGCAACGCAAACAACACCGCUAGACCAUGUGACAAAGCUACCGGAGAAUGUUCUUGCAAAGAAGGAUGGACGGGGGAGACCUGUGAUGAAGACAUAAAUGAAUGUAGCCAUGGAAACAACUGCAACCUCCGUGCAAACACUGGCUGUCAUAAUACAGUUGGUUCUUAUGAAUGCAGUUGUUUUCGAGGCUUUGUACUGGACGGCCAGAAUUGUGUUAUCGAUUCGUCGGAAACCACAACCAAAGCAGGCUCCCUCGAUAAUAUGUCGCAAAGCGGCACGAUGAGCGUUACUCUUCAGUUAGAGCUUCCAAAUGAAACCAAUUUAAACGUCUCUAUGACAUAUAACAUUGUUGAAAGAAAGGUGUGGACAGCGCUCACUCUGUUCUAUAACGAGUACACAUCAAAGAAUUUCUCGGUGUAUAUACAGGAUAUAAGGAUUGGUAGCAUCAUCUGCGAUUAUUAUCUGCUGUAUGAUACCAUGGAUGCGGCCGAGUUCCAAAAAGUAGUUGUGCAAUCAACCUUAGAUCUUGCAGCGGGUAAAGAAGUUACCUUCGACGGAAACAAUAUCUCUGCACGUGCAGACUUUCUCGGAGCAAACCCAACGAGAUGUAAUGUUUAUGAGGCGUUGUACGGCAAGUGUCUACACGGAUGUGUCGUCGAAGAUGAUGAUACGUCUUGCAGGAUGCAGGAUGAGCCCAACAGCACUACUGGUGUCGUCGUCGGGAUAGUGCUCGGGAUUUUAGCUCUGCUUGUGGUUGCUGUUGUCAUGUGGCGUCUACGAAAACGUAAAAGACAAACGUUUUCAAUUCAAAAAGGAAUACAGAAUAUUGCGCUCGAAGAUAAGGACUAUGAUUCUUCUAAAGAAUCAGACAAACAGUCAUGUUUGGAAUCUGAACUCGAUAGUACAUACAACGACCUUGACAAGGGGAAGCUUACGGCGGAUACAUCGUCCGAUGAAGAUGAUGAAAAGCCAAACAAAACAAUGCAGCCGCGAUACACAAAAAUGGUGUUCAACAAAUUCGGCUUCGAAUCGUUUGAGGACUUCAGGCGUUCUGUUCACCUGCCGAGCAUCCAUCUUCCAAAGUUCGGGGGAGAUCAUCCGCAUGAAACUCUUUGAAGUGGAACUUCUUGUUGCAAAAUUUAUAAUGCUUGGUUGGAGAUAAUCGCCCUUGCAUUUAUGAAGUGACUGUUUAUGAUAUAGUUUUACACUUAUGAUUUGUAUUUCGUGCUGACAUAUUUGAUUUUAUACUUAUGAUAUCGUCUACAAAUAUAGCCUUUUGGAGGUCGUCAAGUGAUUGAUAAAAAUGAGAUGAAUACAAGUAACUUAAACAAGUAAUUGGAUAAUAAAGAAACUGAUUACAAUAUACAUAAUAAAAUACAGAUGUAACAGAUGUCAGAAGCUGUUCAAAAUAGCUGUGAUUACACGCUUAUAAGGAACAAUUUUGCACAUAAAAUAAUCAUGUUACAUUAUCCACUAAAGGACUUCUCGCCGACGGCGUUACAAAUGUUUGUGUGUUUUAUGAUUAACAAAUUCGUUCAUUCAAGAAACCGUAAAUAAUGAUAUAAAUCCUUCGUUUGAUGCCCAAUUAAGGCUAAAACUUGGUAGAGAUUUUAAUAUCCCACAAAUAUCUUAUAAAUAAAAAGUAACUUUUCGUAAAUUGUAAUUUUUAAAUUAACAUAAUUCCACUUUUAAUAUUGUCAAGGAUCUAGUUUAAUAAAGUACAUAGUUUAUAAUUUCAUCAUUGCAUGUAUUGAAGUAUGGACAUCGUAUAGUGUUGUAUAUUGUUUAGAUAAUCCAUGCAAGAAAUGUUAACAUGCACAUAAUAGCGUAACGGAUGUAAUAAGUAUAUGCUUAAUUCAUAAAUCAUAGACUUAAAUAAAUAUUAAUCACAGCAUUGACAGUUGUAAAAUGGGUUCAGCAUCCUUAAUAAUGUACUUCCUUCUACAAUAUAUGACUGACCAGGGCAGCAACUAGCUAUAAACCGCUUAAUGUGGUAAUGGGGUUUUGUUUCAUCCUCUCCCGUAAAAAGUGGCUCUUAUGUCUGAAAUGCUGCACCAUAUGUGUGCAUUUUAAUUUUUUUAAGCACUAAAGAGUAAGACGGGUUUGCCAUCAACCCCUCCAAGAAUUUGGCGCGUUACAGGGGCGCUACAGUUAUAUCGUAUAAUGUAAGACGGGGUGAUACUUUUCCAAGAACAUUUGCGAUGUUUUAAUCUAAAAUGGUGCAUUCUCAAAGUGUAUUCAUGAUCAAAUUAGACAUUAAGAAGUUAACUUGGUGCACCAGUCCCUCUUAUGCGCUUUUGCUGACUUUUGAUUUUUUCUGGUCAACUAAUGUUAACAACGCUUCUCCUAUUAGUUCAUUUUAUUCAGUCAAGGAAUCUGUUUAACAGUUAUUUUUCAGACAUACUUUUUAUUGUUAGUACCCGCUUCACCCAGUCUGAAAAGGAAACAAUAGUAUUACUAAAAUGCGUUUCUUCAUAACCAACGUACUAUUUUCAAUGUGCUUUUUUUAUAUUAUUUAGUUAUGCCAAACUUGAUUAUCUGUUGUGUUAGGAUGAAUAGAAAUGAAUAAACGCCUUUGAGCAGUUGUGAUAAUUUACAACUUCCUUUGAUGGAUUUAUAAACAAGAUACGAGUAUGAGUUUGUAAUAUUUAACAUUGUCGCAUAUUAUAGAAACAUUUCCAUUAACCAUUAUUUAUUUUACAAUGAUUGCGAAGGAAGCUAUGAUUAUACUAAGAACUAUACUAUAUACUAUGAAACUUAUACUAAGUCACUCUCGUUGGUACGAUGUUGCGCGAGAGUGUGGUAACAUGUUAUUAUACUUGAUAAUAAAUAACUGGCUUAUUCAUUGGACAACUACGAAAUAAAAUACAAGCAUUUUA